AUGGAAACGGAUGACGAUGAUCUCGAAUCGAAAGAGAUGGGAGUCGAUACGAAAGGAAAAAACAUACGCAAAAUAGUUCUGAAGUAUCUAUUUUUCCUCCUGUCGCUGGUCUUUGCCGUGGCAUUAGUCGGCGUCGUUACACAGUUCGAUUUUUCACCGUACUUCACGGAGCACGCGCAAGAGCUGUCUAAACACCGCACCAGGGGGGAGGAGGUAGAGUUUCAUGCCGUUAGUAACAUUGAGAAGUUCCCUCAUAAAGAGCAACGCCUUCCAAAGGAUCUGAAACCACUUAGUUACAAACUUGAUUUGCGAGUGAAUUUGACAACGCUUAAGUAUAGGGGAGUGGUCAAGACAAGAAUUCUCUGCGAGAAAACAACUCGUUAUGUUAUCCUUCACUGUGGAGACCUAGAAGUUUUGAACGUUUCCGUUACAGCAGAAAACAAUCACGACAUAGCUAUCAACAGAAUACUUGCUUUCAAGGAAUACCAACAGCUUUGUGUAGAGCUGAAGGGAGAUCUUUGUAGGGGAGGGUCGUAUUUCGUUACUAUUCAGUUCAAGAAUAAGAUUUCUGAUAAACUGGAAGGAUUUUACAAGAGUUGGUACCGCAGUGAAACAGGAGAAAAAAGGUGUGUGGUCGUUUCAAUGUUAAAAAAUUUUCAGAGGAUGUGCAAAAUAUUACGAUUUAAUUCUUUGAUUUCUUCAAUGGAUAAGCUAUGCAGUUAAAUCUUUUGAGAAAGCGUUAGUUCUAUUGAAUAGCGGACGCCUUUACAUCCUCACGCAUUUGUUUUUCUGUCGUAAGAAAUUGCAUAAAAGGACAUUAACAGCUAUUGUAGCGCUCAAUUCACCAGAAGAGACAACUGCCUGGGAACUCCAACUUAAACAGUUAUUGUGGGCAAAACAGUUCUCCAUGCGGCUAAUUUGUUGGCUUGACCUUUUUGCCAUUUUUGGGAAGAAAGAUUUUGCCUUAUUCUUAUCUUCUAUUUCGACGUAGUUUCUUUUCCUUGUUUGCAACAGAACAUUUUGCCACAUCAGCACAUGUGCAUUUAUACCUCUUAACACUCCUACGUUUUUGUUCCUCCACACAGGAUGCUAGCAGUGUCUCAUUUUGAGCCUGCGCACGCUAGGAAAGCAUUUCCCUGUUUCGACGAGCCCUCUUUUAAAGCGUCCUUUAACAUAUCUAUAAUUCACGAUCCUCAACUCUACGCCCUGUCAAACAUGCCCCGGGCCCGGCUCGUGACCAGAAAGGAUGGACUUGUGGAGGAACAUUUUCUGCCCAGCGUCAACAUGAGUACAUACUUAGUCGCCUUCGCAGUGGUUGACUUUAGAUAUAAAGAAAAGAUGACCAGCUCAGGAGUAUUGGUAUGUUUAACUUUAUCCUAAAGCUUGUUGCUAAGUAUAACAGUAAUCAAGACACGUUAACCGUUGUUGGUGAAUGGAACUUAACUUUCUUUCGAAACUAGUUUGUUGUCAUCAAUAUCGAUCUAUUCGGUUGAGAGACCCGUAAUUAUUUAUAAGGACGGGGAGGGGGCGUUGGAGGAGCUGGGGAGGGGUCGAAGAAGUUUUGGGGGGCUGUCGGAGGAGAUUUGGGGGAGUCGGAGGAGUUUUAGGUGGGGCUGGAGGAGUUUGGGGGGCGGGGUCGGAGAAGUUUUGGGGGAUCGAAGGAAUUUUGGGAGGUCGGAGGAGUUUUUUUGGGGGGUCGAAGGAUUUUUGGGAGGUCGAAGGAGUGUUGGGGGGUCGGAGGAGUUUUGGGGGAGUCGAAGGAGUUUUGGGGGUGUCGGAGGAGUUUUGGGGAGGCCACAGGAGUUUGGGGGGAUGGUCGGUGGAGUUUAGGAGGGUUGGGGGGGGGUUGGGGGAUCACAUGGUUCUCAGGGGAAACGGAGGGAGGAUCAGUCGUCGCUAACAGAGUAAAAAGAGGGGACUGUAGAAAAUUAACUGCCAGGGAAUGACGAUCAUCAUAAUACUGCAAGUCUUAUAGGGGGAUCCGGUAAAUUUUAUUGUGACCCAACCAAAAUCCUUCCGGGACAAGGCAGGGUUCACGAAGCAGAUAAUUCCGAUCGCAUUAGUGGCAAGACCUGAUUAAAGUGUUCCGCGAAAGAUCGCAUUAAAAGCUUUAUCAAGAAAAUUUCUUACAUGAGUUUGGGUCUUAAGUGCGCGAAAAAUAAAAAUUCGGACAUCGCAUGAGUAUCAUUCACCACAUUAAACGCGCAACAAUAAUAUAUUUUUAGCAGGAAAUGUCGAGGAGAAGUUUGUCCGUAAAUAGGUAUGUAGCUACAGCAACUACUAGAAAGAAAUUGCAAAGAAAAAUACUGGUUUUCGAAAAUCCUUGUAAAUAAAAAAAAUUAGUUUCGUGACUUCAGCUCAUGUCACACUGAAUGACGCUGAAAUACGUACACUGUUGGGUCUCCCACGUCAUCAGUAAACAGUGGUACACAACGUCAUAUAAAGGCAAGUCAAACAGUCAAAAUGAAGAUCAUUUGUGCUGGUUUGAGUAAAACAGGCACGAAAACAUUGGCUAAAGCUUUGAGGAUCUUAGGCUAUACCGUGUAUGAUUAUUUUGAACACGAAAGCUUUCAUGCAAAUGAGUGGCUUGCUAUCCUCUGCGAGGGUAAAGAUCCUGAUUUUAUCGCCAUGUAUAGAGAUGUCGACGCUGUAACAGAUCUCCCAGCGGCGGAUUGGUUUCAGAAAAUCUUCGAAGCUUUUCCUCAUGCAAAAGUCAUUCUUUCUCUGCGAGAUAACGAAGAGGUUUGGGUGAAGAGCUUUUCUAAGCAAGUUGAAAUCUUGACGACUUAUGGUGGAUUUGUAAACAGAGUCUCUCUUUUUUGGCUGAGACCGAUUCUUGGUGUGAUAUCCGCCCCGAGUAAAGCAGCUGAAACAUGGAAGAAAUCAACUUUCGUUCAACUGGUCGUAAGGGUCUGCUAUGGUAGCUUUAAUUCGAAGUCGACGUCACUUUUUAAGAAGAAAUACCGUGAGCACAACGAGAGAGUGCAAGCUGUUAUUCCGAAGGAAAGGCUGCUGAUCUACAACGUGAAACAAGGCUGGAAACCUUUGUGCAAGUUUCUUGAAUGUGACAUGCCUGAAGAAGAAUUUCCAAGGGAAAAUGUCGCAUUAUCUACCACCCACCAAGCAAUUUCAGCCGAACUUGAAAAAGUAAAACGGAAGUUAUUCAUCGUGCUGGCGAUUUGUGCGCUUCUUGCAUGUCUGUUUUAUUUAGUGUUUUUUCAUAGGAGCGAUAGCGAUUUUUGAAACUUAGACUUGAAUUGACGCGAAUUAGUCGAACGUUUUUAUGAUUUUUUCAACCUAGAUAUAGUAAUCAUGAUGUGAGUGAAGUUCUUCUUGUAACUUAAAUUGUGCAACAUAUAUUUGUUCGAGAACUGUGCUUCAGGCAAAGUGACUCAGUUGUCUUGGACAAACGAUACCGAUGUACACGUGGCAUUUUGAAUAAAUAAGUAUGUAACAACUUUAUUUAAAGAGGGUGGCACAUAACGGUAUAACUGAUAAACUAGUGGUCCUCUAUCUAAAAUUAAUAUUAAAUUACUAAGAUACAUCCAGGAUAUAUUUAAAAAUAAGAAUAUCAUUAAAAUUUUAAAAUUUUAAAAUAUUUAAAACUUAAGAAUUUAAAAAUAUGCAAAAUAUGUAAAAAACUUUAAAAACGAGGAGAGAUAUGUACAUAAGGAAGGAAACUGGGAUUUAAAGGGCGAUAAGACACUAAUUAAUCGAAUUAAGCUAAGUAUUUCUGGAUAACAAAUAUUUUCGGACAGAAUAUUUAAAAGCGCAAAUGGACUCUUUCUUGCGAAUAUCUAAAGGAAUGCUGUUCCAAAGUUUGGCUCCACUGACUUGAAAGGAUCUACCCCCUUCUGCUUCUCUAUUGUAGGAGGGACACACCAAGUUGUAAUUAUGACGGUCCGAGUUCUUAGUUAAUAGUUUCGUUAUAUAACUUGGACAGCUGUUUUCAUCGUCGUGAUACUUUUUUACAAAUGUCAUCGAUAUGUUCGGUAAAAUUCAAGUGACUGUCUAGUUUCACUCCAAGUAGUUUCUGUGAAUUGACUUGCUCAAUCUCGCUACUGUUACAUGAUAUUUUGAGAGCCGUAUCUAAGGCUUUCUUCUCCAGGCGUUUUCCAGUUACAAGCAGACUUUUCUUUUUAGAGGCAUUAAGUACCAUCUUAUUGCCAUAUGUCCAGUCAGCAAUCUUGUUUAUGUCAUGUUGCAGCCGCUGCUGAAUUGUAGGUAGAUCUGAAACCGCAGCAGAAGUACUUAAAGUGGUGUCGUCUGCGUAAAUGUCUAAAAUUGACCGGGAGACUGACUGGGGGAGAACAUUCGUAAAGAUGAUAAAUAAUAGUGGCCCCAGCACCGAUCCCUGAGGAACACCGUGUGUGAUCAGUCUGUAUUCUGACUGCACUCCAUCAAUAUAAUAACAACUGCGCUCCUUCUACCCCUUAAGUAGUUCGUUAGGAUGAGGAGUUCCCUAGAAGUUACGCCGUAUGCCUUAAGCUUGGACAGGAGUAUGUCAUGGUCAAUUAUGUCAAACGCCUUCUUGUAAUCGACAAAUACAAGCCCAUGGGCCAAGUCUGACAAUAAUUGAUCCGUCAGACAUAUGAGCGCUGUUUCUGUGGAAUGGGAUUUUCGGAACCCGGACUGCAAAUUGUAUAACCAUUUGUUAUUUCUUAUAUAGCUAUACAAGGCUUGGUGGAUAUGUUUUUCAAAGAUUUUCGAGAGUAUAGGGAGCACUGAGAUUGGGCUACAAUUGUUCUUGUUAUCUUUGCCUCUUCGCCCCUUGUAAAUGGGCGUAACUUUGGCAGUUUCCCACACUGAAGGGAAAGUACCUGUAUCAAUGCAGUGAUUUAUCAGUCGACUCAGCGGCAAGGAGAUUGCAGGGGCAGCUAUUUUCAGUAUCCUUGCGACAAGUCCAUCAGAUCCGGUAGCCUUGUGGGAUAGCAUGUGUUUCAGCAGCUCCUCAAUCUUUUGCGGUGUGAUAUGUGGGAUAGUGAACUGCGCCAUGUUAACGCCGUUUGUGAGGUCCUUGAUGUACUUGCAAGGAAACUGUGAGGUUGUGUUUGAUGGUAGAUUUCGCAGCAAUUCUAAGGGUUGCUUCGCAAACCAAAGGUUAAGGCGCUCUGCAAUGUAGAGUGUACUUGUGAUCACUUCGGCUCCUUCCUUCAGUUGACUUAUAGAAACACGGUUGUUCACAUCUUGUCAAGUUAGAUUCCUGAUAAGGCUCCACGAUCUUUUAGGAUUAUGUUUAUGUUCAGCAAAUUGGUUCUUGAAGUAUUGCUCUUUGGCACUCCUAAUUAACUUACACACCUCAUUCUUAGCGCGUUUGAAAGAAGCCCAGUCAACAGGACUUUCAGAAAUUCUAGCUUUCUUUAGCAGUUUGUCUCUUUCCUUCAUGGCUUCGUUAAUUUCUGUAGUGAACCAAUUUGGCUGGUUUCUUUUUUUUUCACUCUUUUCUCUUUCACAGGUAUCUGAAAAUCAAGAACGACAGUAAAAAUUUGUAUCAGCUGUCAACAAUAUCAUCAGUGUCCUCGAAAGCACUGUCCCAUGGGGCAUCACUCAACUCAUCUACAAAUUUUUGGGCAUCUAGGCGUUUCAUGUCUCAGUAGGAAAAGGUGUUAAUCAGAUUUUUGCUUUGCGAAGUCUGACCUCUGUAGCGUCGAACCGCCAUUGUUGGAAGGUGAUCCAACAUUCCGAUAUUCUUUGUUUGUAUACACGUACGAAAAUGGUAGUGUCGUUUGCCAAUAUUUUCAUGGCGGAAAUUGAAACAAAAUUAAACCAACAAAGCGAAACCAAGCCUAGAGAAUAGAAACGUUACAUAGUUGACGUUUUCACCUUUUGGGAUUGCGACACAAAAGAGGUAGAUCGGUUUAUUAAACGAGCUAACUAUUUUCACCCUACUAUCAGAUUCACGGCCGAAAUAUCAGAGAACCAAAUCACUCUCCUCGAUGCCACAGUGUUUAAGUGAGAAAGAUUCGCAAGAGAUUCCAUCUUGGACAUCAAAACCUAUUACAAGGCGACCGAGACCAUCCAAUUUACGCAUUUCGCCUCGUGCUACCCACCAGGCGUUAAAUAUGGUUUCAUUAAGGGCGUAGCAAUAAGAUUGCCUGUCCGCGGCCUGGCAAUUGAUUAGUGUGCAAACUAUGUUCGAACCAAGUCCUCCUUUUGCCAAAAUUUUGGCAUUGACAAAAGCUGUUUAUUCUAACCCCUCUGCAUUCUACGCCACACUGCUUUUUUACCGCAAUUCUCGACAACAACACAACAGUAGGCACAUGCAGACAGAGACUGCCUUUAAUUUGAAUUCAAGUGUUUUCUAUAGUUUGCCUCUAUGUUUCGCAUGCCUCGUACGCCUCGCAUCAAGAGUCAUGCGUACUGGUGACACUUAUUAAUGACAUGCUGUGGGGUAGGGGGGGGGGGGGGAAGGAGAGAAGGAAGAAAGGAGAUGAAAGAGAGAGGGGAGAAGAGGCACUAACAGCUGUUAGGGAGACUCACAGCCACAUGACUCGGUGUACGUAGAGUAACAAAUGAUGGUUUUGAUCCAAGCCUUCAAGGCUUCUGUGGGUUUGUAGAAUCAUCGGAACCUACUUAUGUAAAAUUUAUCAGCUACUGAUGUUAGGGCUUAAAUAGAUUUACAUUCCAGGCAGAAUAAACAUCGACAUUAUAAUUUUGUAUAGGAGAUUGAGUAAAAGGAAACGAAUCCAUUGAAAGAUACAGCCCUUUUCAUUGUGGUGAUCAAACACACAAACCCUUGAGAGUGAUGAGUAAGGAGGUGAUCGUCACAGGAGACCUUCGAUUAAUGAAAUUGUCAAAAAAAAAAGUGCCCGCCCAGGAUGAGAUGGAUUAAAGUUACGCCGAGAAGCCAUUGUAGGGAGGAGGGGGGAGGGGGGGGGGUAGGGAGGAGAAGGCAAUCGGCUGAGCUGCCCUGUUACGUUGGGAGUAUAAACAAAAAAAUUCAAAGAGGGUUAAAGGGGAAAAAUCUUAGGCGGGUUGUUCAAAGCACGUUUAAGCAAGCCGGGGGAUGGAGUGAAAAUAUAAUAAUGAUGAGGAAUUUAAAUAUAUGGUGAGGAAUUUGAAUAGCACAUUAUUCAUACUAAUAUGCUCUAAUGCGCUUUACAACACUUUGCGGGAGACCUUGGCUAGACUUCACUGGGCAGUUUACGAUUUUGUAAGGAAUUUUGCAGGUACCCAGAUGUGAUGUUUAGCUUCUGCCUCUUGGUAACAUAAAUCUUCACCGAAUGUUAGCUCUGCUAUUCGUUUGUUUUCAGCGAAAAACCAAAUCAAGGUUACAUUUAACACCUGAUUAGCACUAUCCUCCUUUUGAAUAACUCUCUUCAUAGUACUCACUCAUUUGUGUUCAUUGGCAGGUUAGGGUCCAUGCCCCACCUAGUGAUUUUGACCGUUUGGAAUAUGCACUGGAUACUGGUGUUAAAGUGCUGUCUUUUUAUGAGAAGUUGUUCGGAGAGCCCUUCCCUCUCCCCAAACUCGGUGAGUCAAGCAGCUACCAUCAAGGUUCCCAGGCAGAAGCGAGUUUCGAUGUGAAACGCUCUUUUCGAACGAAACCGAAAAAACACCGUCAGUGUGCCUGUUUCAUUACCUGAAUAACAUCGACUUUCACUUAAAUCGCCGGGCGUAAAAUUUUCCUUCCAAAGUUACAUCAUCAUUGCACAGGAGCGUCACAUAUGGAAAUUCCUAUCUUAGCAGUAUGCAGAAAUUUUGUCACCAUAGACUUAGUUAAAGGGCCAGCCUGACAUGAGUCUCCUAUAGCACGACGGUAGAGCAUCCGAAAUACUAAUCGCAAGUCGUACGUUGUCUACGUGCGACUGCUAUGGGAACACUCGGAGUUCUUUUUUCUGAGGAUGCCUGUGUCAUUUCGGCUUUAUAAGAUCGACUUUCACUUAAAUCGCCAGGUUUAAAAUUUUUCUUCCACACUUACAUCAUCAUCGCACUAUCCUAAUAAUCGGAAGGUCGUACGUUGUCUACGUUCGACUGUUAUAGGAGCACUCAGAGUUCUUUUUCCCGAGUAUGCCUCUGUCAUUCACUGAAUAACCCUCGUUGUUCACUGAAACCGAACUAUCUUUUGCGUGUUUUUUGUCUCUUUAUUCCAGAUCUGCUGGCUGUUCCCGACUUCCUUAAUGGUGCAAUGGAAGAGUGGGGCCUAGUAGUAUUCCGACGUGCUCUACUUGUGUAUGAUGAACAAUUUACUUCGACUGAUGCCAAAGUGAAAAUGACUAAGGUUAUAGCGCACGAGUUAGCUCAUCAAGUGAGUCCCCUCUGCCAAUCAGUCUGGAUCUUUUUCCAGUUUUGUCAAUUGGUUUAAGGAGCCUUUUACCCUUUGACCCCUAAGAGUGACCAGCAUCUAAUUUCUCCUUACAAUAUCAUUACUCAUUAAGGUCACGAGAAUGAAGGAAAUGAUCACCAACUAAAGAAACAUUUGAUUGUUUAACAAAUUCUCCUUGUCAGCACCUAGGAAAUGUAUAGAGAACAGAAUGGAGAAUAUAUAAACUGACAUUAGGGUGUGAAGGGUUACGGCUGGCUUCCUCUAGUUCAUUACCAUUGUCACAUUCGCCGAAAAAAACGUAACCAACGAGUGGUUUUUCAGUUGAAUGUUACAAGUCUGCUUCGUGAAAACUGAUUGUUCAGUUCUGCCGUGGCUUUUUGGGCUGUAAGAAUCAAACAAGUAGCGAUGGUCAUUAACAUUCAACUGACAAACAACUUCUCGCUUGCUUCUGAUGAUGACUUCGGCGCAGGUUGUCAGAAAGUUAAAUGGGUAAACUUCUAAGGAAGCUGUGGUGCUGCGUCGGUCAGGGGGUAUUACAAGAUAAUCCCUCUUUGGACCUGUGCUCAAUGCUCUGACGAAGGACUAACGUUAGGUUGAGACUCUCUUUACGGCAGCCAAUUUACGCUAACAACUCACUUGAUUAAACCAAUGGUCUUUUGAAUGGUCAGUCUCGGUCAUCAAUAAACAGUCAUUCUCAGGAAUAACAGGGUAAUUUGGUAUUAUCAACUGAGUUGAUAACGUAAAUUGGCCACCGUAAAGAGUUUAAAAACCGAGGUUUCGAGCGUUAACUCUUCGUCAUCGCUCUAACGAAAAGUUAACGCUCAAAACGUCAGCCUUUAAACUCUUUACGGUGGCCAAUUUACGUAAUCAACUCAGUUUAUACUACUAAAUUACCUGGUUAUACUCUCCCACCGACACAGCAGCACAGUUUCUUCAGAAACUUACCCCCCCUAUUCUCAGGAAUACUCUUAUCUUACCCGGGGGAUCAGCCUACACGUUCGGCUGUUAAUAACAUGCUUUAACUAUUUAAUCGUUUCCAACAUAUUGCUUUUAUUUUAAGUGGUUCGGCAACCUGGUUACACUGAGAUGGUGGAACGACUUGUGGUUGAACGAGGGAUUCGCCGUCUUUGUCGAGGAUGAAUUUGGAGCUAAUUAUGUGAUGAAUGGCUGGGAUAUGGUAAAUUAUGUCUAACAUGAUGGGGCUCAACCGCUCUAUGUCUUUGUAUUUUCCGCCUAACCAAUCUGUGAAGAUCAUUGGGUGCUGAAAAGACAACGAUAUCGCUUGUGAUCCUUCGGUGAUCACGCAAUUCCAACGUCCCUAAUUACCCGAUUCAUUUCUAAUUGUUAUUGGCUAUUGCUGUCGAUUUUAAUCGAUAUCUAGGGUCUUAUCUGGCUUGUAACUAGACGUGGGCCGAGAAAAAGUCAAAACUUGUAAGGGUUGUUGUGAAAAAGAAAAUCAAUCUUACUGAAAAACGACCUGUGAACAUCGAUGACAAUCGAAAAACAACCGGUAAAUAUCUUUGAUAACUGGGGAAUCAAUCUUGUCAAUAGCCUUGGAAAUGUAGAUUGAUCGUUGAUUCCGAAAAAUUGUAUCAAUGGUCGAAGAAGCAGUUAAAAGAUGGGUUGUGGAACACAAGUUCGUUUUGAUCUUUUUCUGUUUUGUAUUUAUUUUUAGCGUGAAACAGUUGUAUCUACCAGCUGGAAGUCUGCCUUACACGGUGACUCCAUGUGGUCUUCACAUCCAAUCAGCGUUGAAGUUCAGAAACCGGAAGAGAUUGAUGACAUAUUUGACGCCAUAUCCUACCAGAAGGUAUUCAAGGAUAUUUUUAGCUGCGGAUUAAAGUCAUUUUAUUGUGAGGUCAUUUCCCUUAAGAAGGAGAAUUCCUAAAUAAGGAGGACGGGCAUACUGCAAGAUACCCAGGAAACCCAGGAAACCCAGGAUACCUAGAAUACUCAGGAUACUCAGAUUAGCUCCUUUUCCUUUUUUUUUUUUUCUUUAUUUUUAAAGAGCUGCCCCUUAGGGGGGAGGGGAAGUGGAGGGGGAGACUCUCUUAUCCGACCUAAAAUUUGAAUAGUUAGCUAUUUGCGUCUUGAACAGAAUGUCUUUUCAGCGGCAAGACUUGAUCAGGGUGUAAACUUCACGUUACCCAAUCUACCUGAGUGGCACUAACAGUUGUUUUUAGUCUCAUGAUAAAAUUUGUCUGAAUAUGCAACACAAAGUCAACUCUCCGUUUAUACAAUCUGGUGUCUUAAAUAGAGGAGCUAAAUCAGGGUCGCGGGAAAGUUUUUGCGUUUGUAACAGUAUUUCGAAAGUCAGCACUAAUUAAUUGUUCGUUGAGAUAUUUAUCUGUCUUUUUUUUUUCGGUAGGGUGCGAUGAUUCUCCGUAUGCUGAUGAACUAUCUUGGUGUGGAAAAGUUCUUGAAUGGAAUAAAGGUAAACUUGUCAGGGACUCCAGUUUCCCAAACGUAGUUGCCAUACAUAAGCUCGAAAUUAGGCCUAAAUCACCCUUUUUUCGAGAAUACUUGGCAAGUAAGUGGACGAUCACGUGGAAACUUACCAAAAGCAUAGGCUUCUCAGGGUUGGGGGGUGGGGGGUGGGGUCCUGGGGUAGUGCUUCCCCUUCAUUUUGUGAGAUGGUUCCUUUUUGAAAGUUAACCAUACUAAAGGUAGUAAACUUGCCCAAAGCAAUAACGGAUUAUCAGAUAGCUGGUUUAACAUUACCCUUAAGUGAAUGGAACAACUCAUUUCCUUGAAUGGACAUCUUUUAAUAGGGCUACUUAGAGACCUACAAAUACGGAAACGCUGACGCAGAGGAAUUGUGGGAUGCCAUUGGCGAGGUUAGCUUGUCAUAUGCUGUUCAUAGUUUUAUCAAUGAAAUGAAUGUGGAAAAAGUUAUUUUGACAAUUAAUAAAUAAUAAUAAUAAUAAUAAAUGUGCCCAUUAAACUCAGUUGGUUUUCCAUACUCAAUUCGCGGGAUAGUUUUGUCACCUUACUUUUGGAAAUGCCGUUCCACAGAAACUAUGCGGUAUGAACACUCUGGGCGAUGGGCCCCAUUUGAAUCGUUGGGGUUCUCAUCUUUGCCAUCAGCCGACCACUCGUUGCGCUUUUAAACUACGCACUUAAGGGCCAAAGCUCACAUUUCAUUCUGCAGAGAGUCGCUUUCAGUAUUCUUUAAUUGUGAAUUAUAUUUGUGGUGAGAACGAAUUCUUUUGGAAGUGACAUGUACAGUGGCCCCGAAAUCUGAGCUGCGCGUUACGAUCCAACUGUAAGGAAAGACUGUUCUUCUCCAGGCUUUCCUUCAGUAGCAUCUGGGCUCUGAGUGAGAUUGAAUGAUAAAUUUGACCUAAAGAUACAAGUACUGUUAAGAUUCCAAGCUGCGCCAUCUGUGUUUAAGAUCAACUAUGUCACCUCAUAAUUUUGCCAAGUUAAAACUGUGUUUGUUGUUUAAUACGCCCUUAGGCCAGCGGCGAUAUCAACGUCAAGAAAAUGAUGAGAGUGUGGACGGACCAGAAAGGAUUCCCAAUCGUCAGCAUUCGAAGAAAAGGACGCGUGUUUCAUAUUGAACAAGAAGACGUCCUUGACAAGCUGAUGAAAGACAAGAAACAAGCGCAAAACAGGUAAUUUGUCUUUUACCCAGGCAAAGGCUUUGACCGUCCUCUUUUAGCCUUUUAACUCCUAGACGUGACUAACAUUUAUCUUCUCCCUAUAAUAUGCAUACGCUCUCCAACAAACAGGUAAUGAGAAUGCUUAAACUUAUCAAGUUGAAGCUUUAAUUUGUACGGAUCUAACACCAAACUCUUGUGACUAGUUUACAAGGAAAUGUGUAGUGGCCAGAGGGGAGAAUUCACAAUCAGAUCCUGGCAGAUAAAGGGAUAAACAAGUAUUUGUUGUCUAAACACAAAAUAAGCUUUCAUUAUUUAUCUAUGAAAAAUGGCACCGAAAGAAAGGUGAAAUGUCUCGACAGACGAUAAGCCCGAUCUUAACACGUUCAGUUGUCGUAAAUCUCCUGGAACCAAUUACGAUUUGAUCACUCAUAUACAGGGUUAUAGCGGGUUUCGCCCAUAACGAGUUUCGCACAUAUCGUUUCGCCCAGAACGAGAAUGGUUUCGCCCAGAACAAUAAAGGUUUCGCCCAUAAGUAAAACUUCUACACUCUCACUCGGAAAACGUCAACCUUAUAAACGUUUGUAUGCACAGAAUGAAGAAAAGUGACUUGACCUAAGAUCAUGAAAUUUUGAAACGAACAAGUUACUGUUGAAACGAACAAGUCAAUUAUUUUUUUUUGUACACGGAAGAUAAGUUCCGCACGCCAGCUUAUGAAUGAACAUUGUAUGAACAGAAAACAAAAGCCCGGUUACCGGGCUCAUCUAAAGCAUAUGUCUAAAGAGGCCCUUAGCCUGGAUAAUCACUGACUGUCAGUCUGGGCGAAUCGAAUUUAUGCCUGGGCGAAACCAUUCUCGUUAUGGGCGAAACGCUUCUUGGGCGAAACUCUGUGUGGGCGAAACCCGCGGAUACCAUAUACAGGAAUCCUUGUGAAACGCCUGAGUUUACCCAGUAACUAAAAUGCUCGAAAUUCAUAUAGCUUCUCUUAAAUCUCUAGUAGAUAUUUGCUGCAAAGACUUAUUACAAAACAGAAGACGAAUAUGGGAUCGAGGUAUUAACGAAACGUUUUUUUCCUGUAGGAAGAGGUGGUACUUGCCAAUAUCUUAUUUUACGGAGUCAGAUCCAACAGUACGUUGGGUUACAAUACCUCCACACACGCGUAAGUAUGGAAAUUUUCCUUCCUUUUAGUUUUGUCCAUCCCUCGCUUAGAUAAUUAGCCAUUACCACUGUGCUUCUUAAGAUGUGUACGAUGUAGAAACAUUUUAGAAUCCAAAUUAUUCGCUGACAAGUUUAGAACUGUGGUUUGUUCUUCUGGUUUCUAGUCAGCGAGAUUCGUGACAGCGGAAGGUGCGCGAGUAGCCUAAGAGGUUGUUCUGAGCUCACUUGCCGCUUUUUUUUUUUUUUUUUUUUUGACCAAUAAACAUUCUAUUUUUAUAAGAGGCCCGAGUAACUAAAAAGACAUACCGAGGCUGUUUAAAAAAAGAUAUUGAAGCAGUUGAUCUUGAACAGUUCACAACUAUCCACCGAAGUUGAGGUGGCGAGUGGUGGGUAUGUACCGAGCUGCGAAGCUAAAACAGUGACGUGAGAUAAUAGAGCGCAAAAAGAUGAAUUGAACUCAUUUGAUCCUACAACAGUUACAAUAUUUUUGGGCAUGAAUCCCGUGCAUGUUGUUGAAUAUGGGAAAUUGGGGAGGGAAAUUCGGAGUUUGAGUAGCCAAUCAGAACGCAAUCCACUGUUUUAGUAUAUAUUAAAAUACUUUAACAAAAAUUUAAGAUAUACCGCUCUAGUCACCAUAACUGCACCGCAGCAAUCUCUGGAUUUUUCUGAAAAAAACUGCUUGGUCUUUAUACAACAACUCCUUCUUCGUUCGUGAAUAACUUGCGCUCCUGAUGCUAACUGUUCGGUCAUUUUUCGUCAGAAUCUUACCCGUUAACAACAGUGUCUACUAGUGGCUGGAUAAUGGCUAAUAUCAACGCCACGGGGUUCUUUAUGGUAAACUAUGAUGAGGAAAACUGGAAAAAACUUGCAGUACAGCUCAGAAAAGAUCACCAGGUAAGAUAGUGUUACUUCAUUGUUACCGUUGUGAAAUAUUUUGAGGUUUUUAUUUGUAUGGUGUCAGAACGAAUUAUGGGGUGAGGAGUGGAGGAAGGGGGCGGGGGGGGGGGACAGGGGGUAGGCAAGGGAAGGCGGCAAAUGUAACGGGGAGUAUUAUCACCCAUUUCUACUUGUUUUGGAGACCAAGAGAAUCUUUGGAAGGUUUAAAUCAGUGUGGCAAGAGUGAAGCGAUAAGGUAGUUUAUUUACCUUUAAAAUGCAAUUUAGAAAAAAUCUGAACAAUUAGUUUAGUUGUGUUAUCGUUGUGCACCAUUUGCAGGUGUUUACUCCAAACGACCGAGCUGGUUUGAUCCAUGAUGUUUUCACUCUUGCAUGGUGAGUGAUACCUGUUGGUAUACUUGAUACCAUCAUCAUCAUCAGGUCGAGCUUGCUCGGCUUAGAUACCAGAAGCUUAUAACCUAGUAGCUUAUCACUCGUAGUUCCGUUGGUAUCUACUACUUGUAUAUAAUUCUUGUAUGUUAUUCUUCAUGGUACCAUUUCGUUCUUUAUGCAAUUUUUUCAUGUUCUUUAGUGUUGUUAAUGUAUAUAUUUUUUUUGUAGUCAAGGUUUGCUUGACCCAGUCCUCGCUUUGAACCUGUCAACAUACCUGGUGCGAGAAAAGCACCCAGUCCCUUGGGCGUUGGCGAGAGGUAAAUCAAAGUGUCUCAUGGGAUUGCUCAGUAAAGCUCAUAAACUUCUGUACAAGGUAACUUUUGCUCUGUUUGCUCACGUUACACUGACUUGAACAAUGCUGUCUUUUGAUGCUACGACUAUGUUUAAGGUAAUAAUAUCAAUGAUGCAAAUUGCGUGGGAAAGUGUUCAAUAGUGUUCACAAAUUUACCUAAAUAAUAAAGACAGCGGUUUGAUUUAUUUGGCAGUAACUUUUUAAAAGUGUAUCAGAUGUCGGUUUCGAACGUAAACCAUGUGGAUGCGCUAAAUUGUUCGGUUGUGAAUCACUUAGCUGUUUACCAUCUUUAUCAUGUUGCUAUAACAAACUGUGUCAUUCCUUAGAAUAGAAUUCUUAUUCCAUUUUUUUAUUUCCAUUUGUGAAAUGUUCUGCAAUUCUAAACUGCCUUCUUGCACUGAAAAUUCUUACAAACAUUCUUCCCAAUAUUUGUUCCAGAAUUACUUGUGGUCUCUUCAGGAUCAUCUUAUCCACUUGGUUGGCAUGGAAGAUACAGGGACUGACCUGGAAAGGUGCUUUUUAUUUUUUUUCCCUUUUAGAGGAAAUAUCUAAAACAAACCAAGAACUAAGAGCCUUGCUAAUAUGUAUCAAAAGAACUCAAACCAUUUACUAGUCAGAAAAUAUCAUUAUCGCAAGGAAGCAAUGGGCACAGAUCCAAGCCCAACAAAAAGCCAUACCAAAUUUUUAACAUUUGUUUUGGCUUCGUAUCUUAUUAGAUGAGAGAGAAGUAGUAAGUUUUUAUACCAAUCAGGAAACGUGAUAAGGAAAAGACAAUGGUAGUCAUGGAUUCCCUUCUGACCCAUUGAUUUUUCCUCAGUUCUUGUAUUUAUGUUUCAGCAGCUAGAGCCUAACUCAGACUUCAUUAUUUUUUGCGCAGAUUUUUCAGAUAUGAUGUGUUAUCCGAGGCAAUGAGGAGUGGUCAAAGGAAAGAGAUUAGAGAGCGUUUUAUUCGCUUGUUUAACGAGCUGAAGGAGACCCCUCUUGGAAGGUAACGACUCCGACGCACUCAAGGAAAUUGUGCAAAAAAAAAGCCGCAAAACAAAACGCAAACAUUUUCAACCUCCAGUAAAAUCAAAAACUCUGCAAGAAAAUAGAGUGUCAUUUCCUUUUUUUAUCUCAGCGCAAAUGAAAACUUUAGGUUUCUUCCCCUGACCCUUUUCAUCCGGAUCGCGGAAUAUUCCGGGCGCGUGUUUGUUCGUUGAUGCGAACGGAUCCUUGAAUAUUCGGGCGCGCGUGUAUUCGUUGAUGUGAACGGAUUCCGGAAUAUUCCGGUCACGCAUGUGUUCGUUCAUGUGAACGGAUCCUGGAAUAUUUGGGAGCCUGUGUAUUCGUUGAUGUGAACGGAUUCCGGAACAUUCCGGGCGCGCGUGUGUUCGUUCAUGUGGGCGGAUCCCGGAAUAUUCCGGUUGUAUUUGUUUUUGUACAUAUGGACGGAUCCUGGAAUAUUCCGGGCGCGCGUGUUGCACAGGUAGUCAUAGAAAUUAGUUCUUGGAAAAAAUAUCAGUUAUUCCGAACCGCAAAGGUAUUCGCCGAGAAACCAUGUUUUCCCCCUGACUACUUGUCAAUUUCUCGUCCUUCUGAAUCGCUGAAUUUUAUUUUUUUUUCUGUCUCCUCCCCUCCUCAGUCUUCGAAGUGUAGGUCCGAACUUCCGGUACCUGGCUUUCUCAUUUGGAGUAAACAAGUCGAGUGAGGAGGACUGGCACUACCUCUGGUCCGUUUACCAACAGUCUCCUUUUGAUACCGACCGGAAGUUCUUGAUGAGUGUUAUUACGUCAUUCAAUACGGAAAACAUUAGAUCAAGGUAACAUUUUUUUUCAAGUAUCCUUAAACUCGGAACUUUCUUCUUGGGGACUUAAGCAUUAUGGUCCACUAUAUCGUCUUUCACUCUAGUUUCAAACACUAAGGUUGCAAUGUGCCGAAUUAGAGAGUACCUCGCAAAACACAGAUGGAGAGUUCCCUUACAACAUACACAAAGAUAAAAGAUUUUCUGAACCUAAAUUGUUGAAUACUAAAGAACUGACAACUUAAUAGGAAAUUUCCCGGUCGAAAACAGUCAGUCAGUUUGUCAGUGGAUUCAGUCAGUGAGUUGGUCAGUCAUUUAGUUAAUCAGUUAGUCAGCCUAAGAGUUGUUUAGUCCGGUGAUUAGUCAGUCUGUCAGUCAGACAGUCAGUGAACCAUUCAGUCAGUCGCUUAGUAAUUCAUCAAGAAUUUAGCCAGUUAAUCAUAUAGUGAAUCCGUCAGUCAGUUAGUCCGUCAGUCAGCCAGUCAGCCAGUCAGCCAGUCAGCCAGUCAGUCAGUCAGUCAGUCAAUCCGCCAGUCAGCCAGUCAUUCAGUCAAUCAAUCGGUCAGUUAGUCAGUCAUUCAGUCAGUCAAUCAGUCAGUUAGUCAGUUAGUCAGUUAGUUAUCAGUCAGUCAGUUAGUUACCAGUCAGUUAGUUACCAGUCAGUUAGUUACCAGUCAGUCAGUCAGUCAGUCAGUCAGCCAGUCAGCCAGUCAGCCACUCACUUAGUCAGGCAACAAGGCGCUCGCUUAGUAAUUUAGUCUGUUAUUCAGCUAGUCACCCGGUCAGUCACGUAGUGAUACAGUCGGCUAGCCAGGCAGUCAGUCACAUAGAGAGUCAGUCAAUUAGUCAUUCAGUCAAUCGUUCAGUCCUUCAGUCAAGCGUUAAGACAGUCUGAUAAGGUUUGUGACGGACUCUCCAUGUUCAUUUUAUGAAUAGAAAUCUCCUGUUCAGUUUGGAUGAAAACAGAGUUCGUCCGCAGGACAGCUUGUUUUGGAUAGAAAUGAUGGGUAAAGGGCGCGGUAAGAUGGACGAUAGAUGGGAAUUUAUACUAAAACACUGGAAAACUCUCGCAAGAAGGUAGGUUCGUAAUUACCUACCAUUUAAACAAAUGUAGCUUCUAGAAGAAUUAAAAAAUUGGCAACCCAGUUGUCAUGAGCAAUAGAUCGCGCGAUUCUUCUUGUUACUCACCAAAGGCAUUCAUUAAAGCCUAGACUUUGGUUUCUUCAUCCAUGAUAUGUUUUUUCCUACGAUUUCAAUUUUUCCUCUGCAAAGUGUCAAAAUAGCAAGAGAACUGAUUUAUUUUUCGAGGCAGGAGGGUACGAAAACAGGGAAAUCCAACCCUUUAUUGUCUAAUUUCUUGCUAAGACAAAUGCUUUCAGGUCAUGCUCUUUCGCCAUCUUUUCUUGUAAGGCUCUUGCCGAAUCUCGCCAUUUGCUUCUCUCCUAGACCCCUCUCCCAUUUUAAUUUGCCCUGUUUUUCGAUUAUUCUCCAUGAAUUAUUUAGUGUCAACCUUGUCUUGGCGACGUGGUUGGCCAAGUGUCCAUCAAGUAACACGCAUGUAAGUGCAAGGCUUUUCGUGUGCAACAAUAUCUUCACUCACAUGUAAAGUCAUUCUCUGGCAAGUGUAUCUGAACGCCCAAACCAUUUAUCUCCUCUUCCUCCCCUCAAAUUAUCGAGGGAGAGCUGAAUCAGAUCCACUCUUUCUAUCAUCUCUACAGGUCUUGCUGUAUUUCAUCAAUGAUCAAAUACACAUAACAUAACGAACGAAUAAAUAUGAUUUUGGCACUUCGUGUUGUUCUUGCGAAAACUAUAGUUUGAACCGUAAACAGGAGAAACAGGAAAGGGCUUCAAGAAAGGGAUAUGAUUGCUAGUGCGUAUGUAAUCUUUUGGUUUGUGUCCUGAACUGAAUUUUAUUUUUUAUUAGAUAUGCUGGAAGCUACAAGUUUGGUAACCUUAUCAAAGCGGUGGCUGGAAGUUUUCACUCAAAAGACCAGCUUAAAAUGGCAAGUACAUGAAAUCGUUUCCCAUCUUUCCACUUCCGUUGCAUAUUGUUAGCUACUCUAUCAAACAAUCGGUUAGGUCCCCUGAGGGGAUCAUACCCAACCCAACCUCAUCAAAGAGAUAAAAUCAUCGUUUACGUUCUGUGGCGUGUUUAGUGAUCUGAUAUUUGAGGUAUGAUAUGUAAGCAACCGGAUAGAAGCUUUACUUUUUUCCUUGUGUAUGAUAAUGGAUAUGAAGACAUGCUCACGCUUAUGUCCUCACAUCACGAUUCAUUUUGCUAGGUUAAGAAAACCUUUCAAUCCUUAACUCUCGGGGAAAUUGCUGUCAGAGCUCAAAGCCAGACCGUGGAGAAAAUACAACAUAAUAUUGCUGGUAACCCUGCACAUCUUAAGACAAGCGAAAAAAGAAUAGUCAGAUGGCUGAAAGACUACAAACGAAUUUCCUGAAACGACGUCAGAGAGUUGUGGGAGUGAAUCAUUUUUUGAAAAAGUCCUUGAAGCGUAAUGGGUACGCUUGUUAAGUUUGUCCAAGUUUAUGGUCACAGCGGCAAACGUGUUGUAAGGAGACUCACUAAUAUCAUAUUUUCCCCAUUGGAGGAUGUUUGUUUUUGCUAAAAGAUCAGAUUUUCGUGAUCAGAAACAAACUCUUAUCGGUGAGUCUUUAGGUUCAAGGUUCAAAUCUAAGGUGGUGUGUUUGGUCCACGAUUCAAGUGGCUGUGAGGGGAGGUGAUAGAAAAUAUACGAUAAAACUAUCUACUUAAUAUUCCCAAGUUAUCGCAAAAAACUAUACCCUACAGGAAGAUAGAACGUUUAUGGAUAUCCGAUAGGCUUCUGUUCUCCCUUUUUAAUUAAAUCGUAUUUUAUCAAUAUUUCCAUCACGUGCACUUCAAGUUUGCCAUUACGAACAUAAUAUUCAUCCA